AUGCGUGCAAGUUCCAUUGAUAUUCAUCCGAAUGCAAAAUGGUCACAGAAUGGUAUCACUGUUGCUGGAGGAAAUGGAUGGGGCAGUGGAACCAAUCAACUCAAUCAGCCAUUCGGUUUGUACGUCGACGAUGAUCGGACGAUUUAUGUCGCUGAUUGGUAUAAUCACCGUAUUGUGGAAUGGAAAUCUGAUGCAACGAAUGGAAGAGUAGUUGCUGGUGGAAAUGGAGAAGAAAAUGGAGCUCAUCAGUUAAACUGCCCAGUAGAUGUGAUUAUCGACAAAGAGAGCGAUUGUCUCAUCAUCAACGAUUGGCAGAAUAAAAGAGUAGUUCGAUGGCCUCGUCGAAAUGGUACUCGUGGAGAAACUAUUAUUUCGAAUAUCUCUUGCAUUGGUUUGACAAUGGGCAACAAUGGUUUUCUCUAUGUCGUUGACGACGAAGAACAUGAAGUGAGACGAUAUAAAAUUGAUGACACUAAAGGAACAGUGGUUGCAGGUGGCAAUGGAAAAGGACAUCGUCUCGAUCAACUCUCUAAUCCCCACUACGUAUUUGUCGAUCGAGAUCAUUCAGUUUAUGUGUCUGAUUAUUGGAAUCAUCGUGUAAUGAAAUGGGAAGAAGGUGCAACACAAAGCAUUGUUGUAGCCGGUGGUCAAGGAAAAGGAAAUAGUCUUACACAAUUGAAUUAUCCUCAAGGACUCGUUGUCGAUCAAUUGGGUACUGUCUAUGUGGCUGAUUCUAGGAAUCACCGAAUCAUGCGUUGGCCAAAAGGAGCCACACAAGGAAGUGUUAUUAUUGGUGGAAACAGUGAAGGAGCACAGUCGAAUCAACUCAAUUCUCCCAUAGGUUUAUCAUUCGAUCGACAUGGCUCAACAAAACCGCUCAUUAACAAGUAUAAGAAAAAGCAAUAUGGUCAAAUGAUAAAGUAUGCACUUAUUAAUGAUGAUCAUGGAGUUAUUUGUACAGUUGAUUUACCUAUUUAUAGAACAAAAGUUAAAGGAAAUAUUGGUUUUUGUUUUCAUGCAGAAGUUCGACCAAAAUUAGAUGGUAAAGAUUGUUGGGAAAAAUUAACUUUUAUUUAUUUACAAGAUCAGAUUCCAAUGCUAUUAGGAGAUGUUGAAGAAUGCAUUAAACUUCUUAGACAAUGA